CAUAAAAGCACUAAAUCACACUUCACAGCUGAAAAUUGUUGCAGGUGAGGGCCCAUCUGAUUGGUAAGCUGAGCUUUUAAUCCAUGGAAACUCCAGCAAGCCAAGGCGUAGCCAGUUGCAAACCAUUAACAACAUUCGUGCAAACAGACUCAAAUACUUUUAGAGAAGUGGUACAGCGCUUAACAGGUCCAUCAGAGAGUGAAGCAGCUACACAAGAAGGAGCACCUGCGAAGGUAGCAGGCGUAAAGCGACAGACUUGUAAACUCCAUGAGAGAAGGCACCACACAAGGCCAAAGCUUGAGAUUGCCAAACCUCCUACCAAUUUCAAACCUGGUUCAUCUCCAUCAAGAUCAGCAAACUCCAGUCUUCUUCCAAGUCCUGUGGUUACCCCAUCUGCAAUUUUCUCAAAGCUGUCAAUUGGAGAAGAGGAAAACAAAGAAGAAGCAAAGAGUGAAUUGAAUAGCCAAGAAGAGGAAAAAGCCAUCAAAGAGAGGAGGUUUUAUUUGCACCCGUCACCUCGGUCUAAACCAGGGUAUACUGAACCAGAAUUGCUCACCUUGUUCCCUCUAACAUCUCCCAGGACAAGUGAAAAGCCUUGAUUUUGUUAGAGCAUCGCCUCCUAUUACAACUUCAUUUAUUUCUAAUAAAAUACAAUUUAUAAAGUAGUGAAGGGAAAAGCAAGUUUAUUUGGUAACAAACCUCAUCUGCUUUUCAGUAAAUGAUUGUCUUGUAUUGUACCA